CUUUUCUUUUUCUUUUUCCGGCACAUGGAGGGUGACGUGGAGGGUAUCAUUAAGUCCACAUCAGCUGUUCCCGUUAAGUUAACGUGCCAUGGGAAAUGCUAUAAUCUCUUACGUCUCCCUGGCCUUUUGCUCAAUGGGGCGUCGACCUGCUCGGCCCUUUCAUCAAAGGCAAAGGAGGCUGCACUUUCCUGGUUUGGCAUACCUAAGCGGAUUAUCGUCGACAACAGGCCACAAUUCCAAGCAGCGGCGUUGAGAUCGUUUUGUAACGAUUAUGGCAUUAAGCUCGCCUUGACGUCUGUAUACACUCCACAGUCCAAUGGGCAAGCCGAGUUCGCCAAUAAAAUUGUUUUGCGAGGCCUCAAAAUACGUGUUUUGGCUGCACAUUCUAAUUGGGUGGACGAGCUUAAUAAAGUACUUUGGUCUUGUCGUACUACACCCAGCUCGGCCACGGGCGAAACCCCUUUCAGCCUGGCCUAUGGAGCUGAGGCCGUCAUCCCAGUAGAGGUUGGAUUACCAUCUGAACGAGCAGGCUGGCGUGACGAUCUCAACAAUGAGCAACUAUUGAGAGAAAACCUAGACUUCGUGGAAGAGGUCAGGGAGAUGUCUAGAAUAAAAAACAUUGCGCAUCAAAGUCGUGUUGCAAAAUUUUACAAUAAAAGGGUUCGAGCUCGCCAGUUUCAAGUCGGCGAUCUGGUUCUACGCAAAGCUGGAUUGACUAACACUCAUUCGCACAUGGGCAAGCUCGCUCCUAAUUGGGAAGGCCCCUAUAUGGUUGUUCAAGUUAAACGACCUGGCUCCUACGUGUUAACAGAUAUGCAGGGACAUCAGUUGCCUUACAUUUGGAACAUACAGAAUCUUAGAAAAUUUUACAGUUAAUCUGUAUAUUAUUCUUUUGUCCAAGUUGUUAUUCCACAGUUGUAAACAACAAUAUACCGAAAAUACAACA